AUGGCUGCUAUUGUGCGUCUAGCUUUUUGUUUAUACCGCUGUGGUGCCAGCCGUGGAAUUUCUUGGCUGCCUUGGCCUCGAGUCGUUUCCGCCGGCGGCUUGUUGCCAGUGUUUGUUUGGUUCACUUCAUUCUUCUCUCUGACUUUGACUCUGUCACCAGAGCAGAGAGCCCACCGCUUUUCUCUCUUCUUGCAAGUUGCUUCUGAUCACUGCCGAAACCUGGAUUUUUCAUUUCGGAAUGACUUUGUUUUCAGGAUAGGUCUUCAGUUUAUGGGAUUGUACCACAACGAAUGGGCUGAAGCUCUGGGCAUCGAGAUCUCCAGCCCGAGGGCCAAGGACGGCACCAUGGUGGUGAACAGAACCUCCCUCUCCAGCGGCAAGCUGAUGCCGUCGCUGAGCUUCAAGCUGUGGGAGGCAGAGGCGGUAGUCGCUUCCAUGGACCACCACGACAGCAGCAGGCGGAGCGAGUGCCUGAUCAGGGACGACUCGGAUUCGGAGGUGGUGUUCAUGGCGACCCCGACGAGCCCACGGGUGUCGUCCAGCCCCAAAUGCGAGCUGGACGCCGCGGCGGUGAAGCUGCAGAAGAAAUGCCCACUCGACAAAGACGACGAGUAUCCCUUGCUGAGCAAACCUGAGGCUCAGGCCAACGCCGCCGUCUCGAACGGCACUGACGGAGCAGAACACAACACGGCCUCUGCGGCCACGGAUGAGCAUACGAGCGACUCCGACGUGGCCGACGGCGACGUUCACCGGACGACCGUCGACGGGAACAUGAGUGAAGCAGAGGAGGAUGACACCGACACCCACGCUCACACCGACGUCGACACCGAAGAGGAGAAAUGUGUUGGGCAGUUGCCAUGGAUACUGAAGCUAAACGAGUAUGGUGAUAGUAUUAAGGAAGGAGGAAGUAUUUGCAGGCUUUUUCCUAAAGAAUGGGGGCAUAUUGCUGUCAUUUAA